UCUAUUUAGGUUGUGCAAAUAGACAUAUAUGAGGUUUGGUUCUGGUUAGUGGUUGCUAGUACCAGAUCACCUUGCUUACUGGUGAGUUCAUUCAAACCCGAAAAGUCACACCUGUGUCCUGUGCGCGGGUGCUGCAGGCUUAGGUGGAGAAAAGCAGGGCUAGAAUUGGAACCCAAAGCCCAGAAUGGCAGGAGAGGAUGUGGGGGCUCCACCCGAUCACCUCUGGGUUCACCAAGAGGGUAUCUACCGCGACGAAUACCAGCGCACGUGGGUGGCCGUCGUGGAAGAGGAGACGAGUUUCCUAAGGGCACGAGUCCAGCAAAUUCAGGUUCCCUUAGGUGACGCAGCUAGGCCAAGUCACCUUCUUACCUCCCAGCUACCUCUCAUGUGGCAACUCUACCCGGAGGAGCGCUACAUGGAUAACAACUCUCGCUUGUGGCAGAUACAGCAUCAUUUAAUGGUCAGGGGAGUACAGGAGCUGUUGCUUAAGCUUUUGCCUGAUGACUAACCUGGUGCUGGGAUUCUACGAAGAUAUGCUCCUUUGUUCUUUUUCUGGAUAUGCCGCAGAAGGAUC